AUGAGUACUUCGUUUUCUUCCCCACGGAAGAGGGCACCGUCAGCAUCGCCCGCUUCUCCUAAAGGAUCUCCAAACAAGUACGCAAUUUAUGAGAAGUGUAUUCAACAGUACCAAACUCAAAUUAAAUCAUUAACGGAUCAAGUCCAAGAUCUUGAAGCUAGACUAUCAUCACCAACUAAGACUGAUACUUCAUUAGUCAAAACAUGCAAUGAUUUGCAAAAAGAUAGAUCUAAAUUAACAGAACAAAUUGCCGCGCUUUCAAAGAAGAACCAGGAUCUCUCGGCGAAACUAGAAAUGUUUACGCACGACACAACUGAAGAUAUUUUACCACGUGCGGAUUCACCAAGACGCUCCGUUCGCCGUUAUGAAGAUGAUGAAGAAAAUACAAGUCAAAUGAAGUUCGAAAUGGAAUCUCUCCAGCGUGAAAAUAAAGUUCUUACUCAGAAAAUCGAGAAAUUGUCCCAUUCACUUCAAAAUAAAAAGAAUCGUGAGAAAAAACUUGUCGAAAAUUAUCAGCAAGCCUCCCAAAAGUUCCGCGAUCUUCGUGCAUCGUAUGAGCAAACUACAGAGAACUACAAGAAGCUUUUAGAAUCAAAGAAAGACGAUGAUAUUCGUAACGUCGAAAUUAUGAAGCAACAGAUCGCAUUAAACGACGAAAAGCAUAUGCUCGAAAAGGAAAAUACAGAAUUGAAGUCUAAACUCGAAAAACUUGAACAAACGAAUUUGAAGCUUGUUUCUGAGAAUAUGGCUUUAGAAAACAAAUUUACGGAAUGCGCUAAAGGUUACCAAGCUCUUAAGAAGGAAUAUGAUCAGUUAGAAAGCGCUCAUUCUGAAAUCAACGAUAAAUCCGAAGAACAACAGAAGGAGGUCGAACUUCUUAAGGCCAAUAUCGUCAAGGUCAUGAAAAUACAAAAGCGCACCGAAAAGAACCUUUCAAAAGCUCAAGAUAAGUGUAAUCAACAAGAACAGCUUCUUAAGUCUUUUAACCAAGAGAAAGAGAAUAUUACGAAGCAACUACAAGAAUGUACGGGAUUAUUAGACAAAUCCUAUACAAGAUUGAAAGAUUUGGAAUCAAAUAACAAAGAAUUAUCAAGAGUUAACAAGAAACUUACACAAGAAAAUGAAGAUCUUCGUGGUGUUAACAAGAACCUCAAGGCUGCUUCUCAAAUUUCCCAAUCUAAAGACUUCCAAAUUUCAAAGUUAAAUGAAACGAUCAAUUCUCUCCGUUCUGAGCUCGAUGAUACAGCAUCGAAGAUCAAAGACUCCCAGAACGAUGCUACAGACCUCAGAUCCCAACUUGCCCAGCUUCAAGAAGAGAAAUUUGAAUUAGAAAACCGUUGCAAAGAAUACGAACAAGAAUUGAAGGCUGCAAACGACAAGAUCAGCAAAUCCAAGGAGAUGUCCCAAAAUAUCAAUAGCAUGCAAAGCGAUCUGAAAGAAUUGAACAAAUUAAAGUCCGAAAACGUCGAAUUGAAGUCCAAACUCGAAAUCCACUCCCAAAAGUCCUUCAACAGAAUCCAAUUCGAGGAACUCCGCCAAGAAAACAACGAACUUAGAGAGACAAUCAGAAUUGCCGAGGAAGAAGAGCAAAACGACACUGUCCAUUCUAAUCUCUUGAAUGCAAUUAAGGAGUACUACGAUGAAAAUGAAGAAUUAAGAAAGGUAAACAACAAAUUGACCAAACAAUUGAAAGAUCUUUCAUCGCAAUUGGUCAGAGCUCAACACCAGAACAUGCAGUUGACUGACAUUAUCAAUAAGUCGCAGUUGGAAGAGGAAGAACUCGAUUCCGACGAAGAAUGUGAAAAAUUAUUGAAAUCUCCAAAAGUUAAAACAGUUUUGAACGAGUUGAACUCAUCUCUUCUUGAGAACAAGGAGCUCAGAAGACAAGUUAAAGAGCUCAAACAAGAAAACGAGCAACUCAAGCAGAAUUCGAGAUUAAAUGACGAAGAAGAAUCUCCAGAAGUCAAAUUAUCCGAAGAAGAAGACCAAAUAUUUGAAGAAGACUUCCCAGAAGUCGAACUAGAUGAAUCAAAUAAUUCUCCUGAAGAAAAAAGUGACAGUGAAUUAAUUCCAAUCAAAAUUGAACCUCAAUUCAUCUACAACAAGAUCAUUGAUGACGAGGAGUCCAACGCUGAAUCAGACGACAACCUAGAAGAAGUCAAAUCCGAAGAAGAAGACGCCAACCUCGAAGAAAACAAUAAUUCUGAAAAUUCUGAAGAAAAUAAUAAUUCUGAAGAAAAUAAUUCAGAAGGCUCAGAAAAUUCUGAGGAAAAUAAUAAUUCUGAGGAAAAUAAUUCAGAGCACUCAGAAAAUUCUGAGGAAGAUAUUUCUGAAGAAGAAAAGACUAAGAAUGAUUUGAUACAGCAGAUUGGUGAUUUGCAGAAGAAAGUUUAUUUCUUGAACAAUGGCAUAAAGAGCCAAGAAGAGCAAAAAGAUGUUUUGCACAAAGAAAACAACCAAAUCAUCGAACACAACGAGAAGUUGAACAGUGCUGUAGAGACAUUGAAGAGAGAGUUGUCAACACUCAACCUAGAAAACGAGAAAAUCAUUGAAGACAACGAAAACAAAGACAAAGAAAUCGAGAGACUCAAAGAAGAAAUUGAGAAAUUGAAGAAUCACGAGAUGAAUUUAGACGAAUUGGAGAAAGAAAUCAAAUCAUUGGAACAAGAAAAUGAUGACGACGAAGUCAACUACUUGAAGAAAGAAACAGAAGACCUCGAGAAAAUGGCAAAAGAAGUAAUUUUCAGAAACGAAAAAAUCCAACUCGAACAAAAAAUCAGAGAUUUGGAAGAAGAAAACCGUUUAUUAAUUGAAAAUUACCAAAACGGCCACGAGGAAGAGAACUUGGACAGCUUAGAAGCCCAAAUGACAGAACUCAUGGAAAUGAACCAAAAACUGUCAAGAGAAUUAGAUGAAGUCAUUUCCAAGAAAGAAAACGAAAGUUCUAUCGAAGUUGAAGAACUUAAAAACGCAUUCACAGAGGCAAACAAGCAAAAAGAACAAGUCCUCAAGCAGUACAACACAUUAAAGGCUACAUAUAGUUUGCUAUUAACUCAAUAUAAUGAUUUGAAAGAUCAAAAUAACUUUGAAAAAGUGACAGAAACAGAAACCUCCGAAAUCCAAUCUCUUAAGGAAGAAAAUGAGAAACUCAAGGCAUACAACAAAUCCCUUGAACUCAAAUUCAUGAAUGAUUCUGAUAAUGUUAGAUUUGCUCACGAAGAAACAGAAAAAUUGAAACAAAAAGUAACAAAUUAUGAAGAAAAGAUCAAAACAUUAGAGAAAGAAAAGAAAGAACACGAAACAGAGGAACAGAGAUUGUCUGGUAAGCUUAAAGAGUUCAUUAAGCAAGAAGAAGAUUUCGGUGUUUUGCUUGGAAACUACAAGAAAUUAAAUGAAGAAAAAACAAACUUAGAAAAAUCAUUGAAUAAAUUGAAUGAUGAUUUACAAAAAGUGACAAAAGAAAACGAGAAGAACAAAAUAAUUAUUUCAAACAGAGAAACAGAAAUAUCAAUGUACCAGCAUGCAAACACUGCUCAACAAAAUGAUUUGGCCCGCGAAAAUCAACAACUUCAAAAUCAAGUCACUUCACUUCAAAAAGAGGUCACUUCACUUCAGGACAAAGUCACUUCACUUCAGACAUCUAAUGGUGAUAAUUCCGAUGCAGAGGACACAAUCAAUGGUUUGGAGGCAGAAAUAACCGAUUUACAACAGAAAUUUGACAAUUUGACAGAAGAUUUCGAAGAAGAAAAGAGUUCUCACGAAAAAGACGUCGAAGAAUUGUCACAAACCAUUGAAGGACUCAACAAACUCUGUGAAGAACAGCACAACACCAUUUCUCAACUCACUCUGAAGGCUUCUCAACUCCAAUCCGAAAUCGACCAACUUAAACCAUCUGACUCCUCAAAGCCAAAACCAAACUACUCCGUUUUCGUCAAACUCGACCUCGAAAAACCAGAACAACCAAACUUUAACGAGGAAGAAAACUUAAACGAACAAAAUGAAGAAGAGAAUAAAGAAGAGGAAGAAGAGAAUAAAGAAGAGGAAGAAAAUCAAAAUAAUGAAGAGGAAGAUGAUGAUAAAUUUUCAUGA